AUCACAACAUGUCUACCUGGCUAGUGUUGACGCAUUACCAAGCACAGUAAUCAGAAAUCAAAACAAUACCGUACCAUGACGAGACUCUUGAUUCUCAAAAGGAUGCCCCUCAGUACUCAAACAGCUGGCAUAGCUGAUCUAUUAUGGGUUGCCAGAAGAUGCAAGUCGUCCACUUCUGAAGGCAGCGGCAAAGUUCCGAAGUUUGUGGAGAAGGAGUUGAGCAGGGCGUUGGCAUCAGCGGGUCCUCGGGGAAUGCACAGCGAUACAUUGUAUCAAAAUCUUUUGAAGCGACUCGGCUCUGAUGCCACAAAAUUCAAGCGUCAGUACGGAGUGCCAUUCAGCCAGUGGAUCAGGUCUUUGCCAUAUCUUCAAGUGACCAAAUUGGCCGAAGAACGUGGAGGUUGCCGAAUCUACAACGUAACCUCCAACACUGGAUUGAAGCGUGGUAGUGCUGGCAGUUUCCACCAUGGUGACUCUACAGAAAGCGAGGAGGAAUUUUGCAAAGGAAGUCACGCAAAACUGGAGGCGAUGACUGACAAUCAGGUUCACUACACCGAAAUUCUACAAUCAUCUCUACCAAUCAUUGUGGCCGAGGGACCGGCUGGUACGGGGAAGACGGCCCUAGCCUGCCAACAAGCAGUACAACAAUGGAGAACAGGACAUGUCGACCGCAUCGUGAUCACGCGCCCAGCCGUGACCGCUGAUGAGGAGCUGGGUUAUCUUCCUGGUGAUAUGCAAGAAAAACUCCGCCCCUAUCUUUUGCCCAUCUAUGAUUCAUUGCAACGCGUUGGGUUUGGCCCCGAAAAAAUCGGUGAAUUGCUUGGAAGUGGAAAGCUGGAGGUAGCACCACUCAGUUUCAUGAGAGGACGAACCUUUAUCAAUUCGUAUAUUGUUGCUGAUGAGAUGCAAAAUGCAACUGUGGAUCAACUCCGGAUGGUUUUGACCCGGUUGGGUUCAGGAUCACGCAUGGUUGUCACCGGUGAUGUGAGUCAGUGUGAUCUUGGUGCGCAUGUUCUCUCUGGAUUGACCGACAUAUGCCAUCGUCUUGAACGAAUUGGCCAUGGAAAUCCAGCUAGAGAACAGAUUCAGUUGGUCAGACUGGAUGCAUCGGAUGUUGUCCGGCACCCAGCAGUGGCAGCUGUGCUGUCCCUGUACGGAAGCCAAUCUGAUCUACUAAGCAGCAAUACACCGAAGAACCUUGAUCAUGGAAUGAGACAGUUACAUGGAUUCGAACUCAACGGAGCUCACCAAAGUGGUGAUAGCCGAUUCCAAUGACAUCACACCGAUGGAACUUCCGGGAGGAUUCAAAGGGCAAGCGACGAAGGGUUGCACUGCAGCAGUGCGGUGGGGCAUACUUCUUCCUACGGUUAGCUAACCUGGCGACCAGAAGCAGAAGAGCUACCGUUUGGUUGUUGUACGUGUACGCCUUCUGAAAGUGAAAGGAGGGGUAAUGAUGGCAAAGCAGGCAGCAAUGUAUAGCACUCAUCGCUCGGUAGUGAGAGUGACCCAUGCUAGAGUUCCCUGGUGACUACCCAAUACCCAGCAUCUGUGAAGCUGUGUGAAGCUGUGUGAGCUGUGUGAAGCUUGCUGCUAGCUAGCUAGAGACGGUCUUCUUAGAAGCUUAAUAGCUCGGUGUAAGUUUCCUCUAGUGAUACUGUGCCGGUGGGGCUACUAGCCAGUACAGCACCAAGAUUAUGGAAAGCCAUCCUAAUGAAGAUGCAGCACCCCCACCCAAUCUUUCUGUUACUGAGCGAAGGAAGGCGGAAAGGUAGCCGUAGGUCCACAUUGAAUGCUUUCAUGGUGUUCUCUUUUGAAGACUAGCACUUUACAGCGGUUGGUGUAGUCCAAGUGUACUUUUCUAAACAGCAAAUUUGAGAUUUUGAGGCCCAAUCUUUCGACGUCUGGUUCUGUCUUCAGCAGAAAUCCCCAUGUAGCUACACAACCAAAGCUGUUCCCUCCUCCACCACAGCAUUAGCACUCCACAGUCCAUCAACAAUGACAGCAUCAUCGUCAAAGUGGCAGUCUCCUGGAAUGCAAGAACUGAAUUUCAUCCCAUAUGUGCAUUGAUUCUUGAGAAUGUCCACAGUCUCCUUCUGACCUUUGGUUUCAUCGCAAGUAUCAGUUCCUUGAAAGGCUGUUUCAUGGUAU